AUGAUAACUGCUCAUGCAGUAGUAUAUCAAUCUCAUGGUGAUCCAAAAGAUGUAUUAUUCACUCAGAAAUAUCAAAUUGAUGACGAAAAUUUAAAAGAAAAUCAAGUAUUGGUUAAAACUUUAGCUUCUCCUAUUAAUCCAUCAGAUAUAAAUCAAAUUCAAGGUGUUUAUCCAAGUAAACCAGAUUUUACAGAUAAAUUCGAUAGCUCAAAGAAACUAGCACCUACUGGUAAUGAAGGUUUAUUUCAAGUUUUAAAAAUUGGAUCUAAUGUUGAAAAUUUUAAAGUUGGUGAUUGGGUAAUUCCAAAACUGGUAAAUUCGGGUACCUGGCAAACUCAUCAAUUGGGUACAGCUAAUGAUUUUAUUAAAUUACCAAAUCCAAAACAAAGUGAAGAAAAAGGUAAAACAGGAUUAAGUUUAAAUCAAGGUGCUACAAUUUCUGUUAAUCCACCAACUGCUUAUUUAAUGUUGACCCAUUAUGUUAAAUUUAACAAAAAUGAUUAUUUUAUUCAAAAUGGAGGUAAUUCAGCCGUUGGUAAAUAUGCAUCGCAAUUUGGUAAAUUAUUAGGCAUUAAUUCAAUUUCAGUAAUUAGAGAUAGACCAAAUUUACAAGAAACAAUUGAUAAAUUGGAAAACCUAGGAGCCACUCACGUUAUAACUGAAGAUCAAAAUGAAAGUAAAGAAUUUGGAUCAACAAUUAAAAACUGGAAAGGUACUGGUAAAAUUAAAUUAGCUUUAAAUUGUGUUGGUGGGAAAUCUUCAACUGGUAUUGCAAGAAAAUUAGACCCAAAUGGUUUAAUGUUGACAUACGGAGGUAUGUCUAUGAAACCAGUUACAAUUCCAACUUCAUUACAUAUUUUUAAAAAUUUUACAAGUACUGGAUUUUGGGUAACGGAAUUAUUGAAAAAUAAUCCUGAAUUAAAAAUUAAAACUCUAAAUCAAAUUGUUGAAUAUUAUGAAAAUGAACAAUUAAAAGAUUCACCAUCCAAUGAAGUUAAGUUUGAUGAAAGUCAAGAUUUAGCAAGUUUAUAUAUUAAAGGUAUUGAAGAUUCAAAAAAUGGUAAACAAUUGAUUGUAUACUAG